AUGCUACCACGCGGACAUGCUUUGCGUGCGCGAGCGAUAGGGCUCUAUAAGGAGCUGCAUCGUCUUGGGCGCGACUAUCCUGACCCGAACUACCAUUUUAUCCCAAAGCUCCGCUCGGCGUUCCGAAAGAAUGCGCAUCUCACCGAUCCAGCGCAGAUUGAGAAGCUGCAUGCGCUCGGCCAAUUCGUCAAGAAAGAGACGGAAACUCUGUACAUGUUGAAAAAGUAUCGCACAUUGCGUCGUCGCUAUGUACAAGACGAUUAG